UUGGUUGGGCACAGCAAAUUUCGCAGUUCGCCAGUCAGUCAGCAGUGCAGUGCAGUGAUCAUCCACGGACUCGCCAUCAGUCAGCUCGAGCUCAGUGUCAGUGGUCUGGUGAAUGAGCGAUAUCUCGGUGCGGUAUGGACGGAAGUGUGUAGUGGCGGCGACAGAGCCAGUAAAUGCGAGCGACAAAAAUUUUCUAUACUAAUGGACGACGAAUCUGCCCGUGUUGAACCGACGUCAUUGGAAAUUGGAAAGGCACCACAGUGCCAUUAUUUAACUUGUAAAAUUAUUGUUGAACACGGUCGUGUUUAAUCGCGGUGUGUGAUUAUUACCCAGCCCCAAGUUCAGUAUUCAGUCAGUCCGACAUCAUGGUGAAAUCUUGAAGAAAGAAAAGAAGAAAAAAAUAUAGGUACCUGUGAACCGAUUACCUGGCAGAGCACGGCGGAGCUCUGCGAUCGGUUGGGAACGGACUCGAAAAGGAUGCUGUAGUCAUCGGUAGCGGUGCGGAAAAACCAUUGCCUUCGCUACGCACUCGAUUUGUAGGGUUGAUUUGAAAAAUUCCAUUUUGUGAACAAAGCCUGCCAGGAUUGUUCCGUCCUCUGAGGGCACAGUGGGCUAAACGGAUUCGAUUUGAGAAAAAUCUGCUUUGCUGCUGUUAAUGUGUAUGCGCUUGUAAGUGGACCCCCGUUGUGUCGUAUAUACGUGAAGAAGUUAGUGUCAGUGUACGAGCGAGCGAGCGAGUGAGCAAGAACAACAAUAACAAUCGCAAUCAGUCAGUCAGCAGUCGGAUUGCUCCCCGUUCGAACAAAACCCAAACAUCAGCUGCAAGAGCGAGAAAAAGACGGACGGGCACUAAGCACUAAAGUAAAGACUGUGAAGAGCAGAAAGAAGUAAAAGUGUCCGCCCCAAAGUAGUGUUUGUACGGGAUGUGUGUGCUACUUUGUGUGUCAAAAAGUAGGGCCCUUUUUCGAUAAAUUUCAACAAUAAAGCGAAUAAUAGUGAACUAAAGGUCAAGAUACCUUGGUAAAUCUAGUGCUCGGGUUCCCCGGGGGAAGCUGAAUGCACCCAGGUUUCGAAGAUAGCGAGAUAAAGCAAGUCUGGUCGUGACAAAUGUGAGAAAUCCGAUUUUGAAAGUUGGGUUAUGCAGGUUUCGUCGUCAUUGGUUUUUUCGUCGCGAAAUCUUAUCGUGUUUUCUUGAUUAGUGUCAAGUGUAUGUGUGCCACUCGGGCUGAGGAGCGAUUUGAGUCUCGCGAAUUCGUGAAGUGGGAUUUCUUGUUUAAUCGGUGUCAGAACAAGCGAAAACCAGUCUCAAUCUCAAUAGCAAAUUAGUGUGCGAUCGGUAGAAGACAGAGUCAGAGACGACGAGCUGUUUUAUUAGUUGGUCACUUAGCAGCGCACCUUUGUGUUGUAUGCUUCCGGAACCGGAAGUUGCGGAUAGCUGAGGAUCAGCCAACCGAGAGCGAAGGGGGGAAACAUUGGCGAACCGGAAGUAGAGCCGAAACAGUGGCUCCAAACACGCAACAUUCGGUAGAUUCAUGAGAAGAGAUGGGAAUAAAGGCCAGCACAGCAAAUGGUGGACAAUCGAGUCCUAGAGCUAGAACGUUCUCCACCAGCAGCAGUUCGGACAUGGUGUCCGGCGGUGCAGGAGCGCCGUACGAAAUAUCCUCCGCCAGUCCGGAAACCGACAGUAGCUCCGCCGAGGAGAAUGCCGCGGCGAGUGCCGCCUCACUAGCGCUAGGUAGGGUCUACGCGGCCACAUCCUUGCCCACGCACAUCUGGUCAUUGAACGGCAUCAAAUGUCCAGUGUGCAGCAAGUUUGUCAUGCCCGACGAUAUAGAGUGUCAUUUAGUAAUGUGCCUAACGAAGCCUCGUUUGUCUUACAAUGAGGACUGCUUAACGGAUGCCAAGGGUGAAUGUGUUAUAUGUUUAGAAGAUUUAUGUCCCGGUGAUAUCAUUGCUAGAUUGCCCUGCCUAUGCAUCUAUCAUAAAGGAUGUAUCGACAAAUGGUUCGAGGUGAAUCGCAGCUGUCCGGAACAUCCGGGUGACUAGUAAUGUUCGACCGGUUCGUGUUGCUAGUAGUCCAGACUGUGUGGAACCGUGGACUGUGUACGGGGGGAAAUCGUUUUUUUUUACUAAGCAAAGCGGGAUAAAUCCAGUAGUAACUAAAGAAAAAGUAGACUUAGUGCAAAACAAAGCAAGAAACAAGAAGGAACGACACGGUUGCGAAUGCGGAGUUAUAAAGGAAGGAUGCAGAUGCGGAAGCAGAAGCAGCAGCACCAGCAGGAGAGGUGACUUUUCUGUGGUCUCUGCUCUGGUUCGCACUCACCCGGGGGUGGGUAACGGUAGGAAUGGGUGGUUUUCCCUUUUCUGUAAGUAAUUUAUUUUUUUAAACCAAUUUUGCAAUCAAUAAAAACCUGUGACACAACACAACACACAGACGCAGCAACACGCAUAAGCACCGAGCGGGGGUGGGCUUUCUUUUGUUUUAUUGCAAAAAGUUACAAACAAGUCAUGGGAAAAGUGUAUAACACCGAUAUGUUUUUAAACUAUUGGACAGCUGGACAAAAUUGUGAAUAUUUUAUUUGGAGCAACUCUUUCGAAUUGGUUUUCUCUUUUUAAGAAUGAUCUUUUGGGUUUCCCAUCUUUCGCAUGUUGAUUGCUAGUUGACGAAAAAAUUUAGUACAUAGAAAUUAGACGUGCAUAGUCGCUUUGUAAAUAAUCAGACAUGUUAAAAGUAACAAAACAAAAGAGAGAAAAAAACAAAACAACUAACUAAUAAGAAAUUAAAUAACUAGAUCUAACGUAAAACCUUCAACUGAUAAACAUAGAGAAUUACGGAUUGAAGUCGAGAAACAAACACAUAAGAAGAAUACCUGUAAGAGAAUACUAUGUAGUGAUAUAUAAUCCUUUAGGAACAAAACAAAACAAAACAGAAAAAAAAACAAACGAACAACGGUAUUUCACGGUGAAGUUUGUUAACAGUUCGCUACUCUCUUGACCCGGCAGAAAAAGUCAUGCUGCGCGCGCUCUCGAAUCCCUUCUGUUUCCAAUCCAAUCCAGUCUAGUUUCGAGUCCUUGUUUUCCCGUGUUGUUUUUGGCGUGUACUUUUCUACUGAAAACACCUUUUCGUAGUUAUUUUUGUGUUUUAAAUCGUGCUCGUGCAUCUCGUCUUUUGAGAAACGCGCCCGAUGCAAAUGCAAGAGCCAGUAAUACCUGUGAAGAACCGUGACCGCUAAGUAGAAAACAUAGUAAAAUUAAAAAAAAAAGAAAAACAAAAUCGAACGCGCGGAUGCGUUUGUUCGCGUUCUGUUAAAGAAUUAACUAGUAAAUAGUGAACUAUAAAAACAAACAAAUAAGCAACUUGGAAUGAACCCCCCCCCCUCCGAACAGCAGAAGAUUGUCAUCUUUGUCGUUGCAUUGUCCAACGAGUAUUAGGGUAUUGAGCAGAUGUUGGGUAACCAACCAGUCAAGACCGUGCUGGGGGUUGUACGUAAAUAUCAUUCUAGAUAGAUAGAAUAAAUCAACGAUCAAGGAGUAAAGAAUCACUUGGAGUCAGUCAGUUUAGUUGGGCCUUUUUUGCAAUUCUAUUCCAUUAUUUUUUCGCUUCCAUAACUCUCGAAGCACCGUGGUUUCAACAUGAUUUGAAAACCAACCUGGAAAGGAUUUCUAACUAGUAUUUUAUUCCGUCUACUGGCAACUCUACUUAUUUUACUUUCUUCGACAGCGCACAUCCCCGGGUGUGGGGUCUGCCUCGGAGGUUAGAACCUCUUGCUGGUUUUCUGUCGAAAAAUAGUUUUGGUUACUCUUUCAUUGGCUAUUCUGGCCAGCCAGCCCAGCCCAGCCCAGCCCAUCGCAGCCUGCCGUAUUGUGCUACUUUCACCCUUGUACCCAGAGCACUCGUCGAUCAAUUUCUUUAAGCGUUUACGAUAUAUGUGCGUAUAUAACCAUCGGGAGAACCCGUUUUCUCUAGAGCGCCAGUUUUUUGCAGUUUUGCAAACUGCAGGACUUCAGGCUGCAAUUUGGCAGUGUCCCAGUCUCGCCGCUUUCAAUUUGACAGACCUACUAGAGUCCUCUUCCAUGGUUUUCAACCAUCCAGCGUCAUAUAAAUCCGCCUAAAUAGUUGCGACGGAACAAUAUGUUUUAACAUUAUCUGCCACAGCUAAUCAUCACAGCAGUUUGACUGAAUCAUACGCCGCCUUAAAGUCUCCACAAAUAGAUGAUUGCGUCUGCAAGUUGUACUCCCGAAAUUUGUCUAGUAACUGCCGCAAGAUAAACAUCUGAUCUGUCGUAGAGCGUAGAGCCUUACGAAAACCAGCUUGGUGCUCGCCAAUGAAGGACGGUUUCAGUCGGUUUCAGUCGACAGAACAGGAUACGGGAAAGAACAGGAUAUAGGCAGAGUUGAGCAAUAUAAUGCCUCUAUAGUUUUUACACUCGUGUUGAUGUGCUUUUUUUCAAUCCUGUCAAUGAGCCGGUGGAUCGCUUCAUACAGCCGCUCGCACUCCGUUUCUAGUAGUUCAGCUAGAAUAUCGUCCUUUCCAGCAGCCUUCAGCAGCGGUUUUUAGCUCACUAAUUGGUGGCUAGACCAUCGCUGACAAUUGUUAUCCUGUUCCUACUAUUCUCCGUAUUUACCUCUUUAUUCAACAGUGUCUGGAGGUGCUUGUCUUUCAUUUUAUCGCUAACGCCGUGUGGCCAGAAAGCAGGUUACCAGCACUAUCAUUGCACAUCACGGCACUAUGGGCCAGAAAUUAAAAUUUUGGACAAAAAUAUUUGCGGUUAAACGGCGUGUCUCAGCUCAAUGUGGUCUUCGGCAACUUUUUGAAUGAAUAAUUGAUGCAUAUUUUGAAGGGGUCAUCCUAUAUUUAUGCGUUACUUAAACAACAAUUGAAGUAAUAACUUUUUGAGUAAACUUUUUUUCACCUUUUUGGUUUCAAAAUAUCAAAGAUAAACCAAUUUCAAGUAAUUUUUCUGAAGAUAUGAAACCUCUACCUUUUACCGAUUUUCAGCAAUAGACCUUUGUUUAUAAACGACCCCUCAAAUCACAUUUCUUCUUGUAACAUGUUUAUUUCAACAGACAGCUCAAUGUGAUGUUCUAGAAAAUAUUUUGCACACAAAAGAGGAAUAUUUUUGCUGAAGACUGUUUUGCUUUUUCUGCAUUAAUUAAUAAGAUAUAACUGAUGUUUAUGUUAAAAACCGUCUGAUGAAAAAUCCGAAUAUCUUAGCCAUCUUCAAGUAUCUGCAAUUAGUUUGCAUACCAAUUUGUAGGGAAUUGUUAAAGUUAUCUGCCCAAAUAUGUAUUUCAGAAAAUACCUGGGAAUACCUGGGAAUAGUGCGGAUUAUUUUUCAUACAUUUUAUAACUUAAUAAAUAUGCGUCCUAGCGUCAAACAGUCUUCACAGAAAAUAUGAAUUUCAACAUACUGAACAACUUUGUAGAACAUUUGAAAGCAAUAAAAUAAUUGCAAUAAAAUAAAAGUUAUUGAGUCUAAUUGAUUUUUAAGUGCUCUUUUUUAACACAUCAUUAUAUUUCGCAACUGGUUAGAGAUAGAUAGUUACUUUAUUCAGCAAAGUUGCUUAUUUUAGUAUAUUCUGCAACUUUUGGGGAAAAAACUUUUUUUUAAAAUUAUUUAAGAAAACAAAAGUUUGUAUCACCCUAAUAAGUGAAUUCAUGGUCAUCCUAAUAGUGCAGGAAGAUGCGCUAUAUUUUAUUAUUUUACGUCUCCGAAGACACCACCCAUGAAAAAAAUACACAUUUUUCAUCAGACUUACCUAAAAUCAGUAAAAUCAUUAAUAAGAUAUUAAUUGAUGCAGAAAAAGGAAAUGUGAUUCGACGGGCCGUUUAUAAACAAAGGUCUAUUGCUGAAAAUAUGUAAAAGAUAGAAGUUUGAUAUCUUCAUAAAAAAUACUUGAAAUCGGUUUAUCUUUAUUAUUUUCAAACCAAAAAGGUGAAAAAAAUUUACUCAAAAAGUUAUUACUUAAAUUGUUAUUAAAGCAACACCUAAAUAUUGGACAACCCCUUCAAAAGAUGCAUCAUUUUUUCAUUCAAAAAGUUGCCGAAGACCACAUUGAGCUGAGACAUGUCGUUUAACCGCAAAUAUAUUUGUCUCGAAAGUCUAAUUUCUGGCCCAUAGUGCACGGGUGUGGCAAAAUUCCUGCUCCGCGUCGUUUUAUAGAACGUCCGUGCGUCGAUGCUGUUGAACCACUUUCCGUACUCGACCUUUGUUGAUUUGAGAUAAUCACAUACUCGACCUUUCUUCUUAAAGAUUUCCAAUUCUUAGCAAGAAAAAGAACAGACCAGAAGAGAAGCUACACGAGAGUUGUCUCUCCUCACCUCAAAAAUGGUUAUGCAGAGUCUCACUGCAAAAGUGAACGUGUCCAUCCAUUCCUCUUGUGCGUAAUGCGUGAUUUUAUUCAAAAUUUACCAUGUCUCAUUACAGCCGCGGUUAAGAAAGUUUAUUAUCUACGUGGCAUGAAACUUAUUGCCGUAUAUAACAAUGCUUGAAUCGUCCAGCGCCAAAGUCUAAAAGGUUCUUGAGGGUCAGACUAUGAUCACUGACCAGAUUCACGCGACUCCCGGGGAAAGAAAUAUCAAGCUUGACAUUUGACAACAGUAUCGGGACGUUUAAAAUCUUGAUUCCUGCUAAAUAAUGCUUGGUCGGAUCGAGAGAAAUUUGCACUACCUGUUCAUAUUUGACGCACCGUGUUUUUGGAUGCAUGGAGAAAAGGAUUGGAUUUUUUCCCCAUUCUGUAUCAGCAAUCAGUGAUCUCUGUGUCCGAAGAAAGAGUUGUAACAUCAUUUUCGCUACAGGAUAAUCGCUGAGCGUAUUCUUAAUACUCCUAGAAAGAUUAUUUUCCUACAGCUGUGGGUCGCCAAUAGGUUUCCUCGAAAUUUGGCAAACACGAAUGUAAAAGUGUCUGGCAAAAGUCUGGCGAUCAAUUUGAACGACAGGCACCGCCGUACCGUGCAGUUGGCCAGACAGGCCGCCGCCAAGAGCACUAGCCCUGGAGGGCGUCAAAAACGGCUUAAACCUCAGUAAGGUCCUCUCGAGUGUUGCCAGGACCGCCAUAAUAUCAUGCUACGGCUCUGGAAUCAGGCAAAAAAUUGAGUCCAAAAUCUGAUCAAAAAUGUGGUUCGAAAUAUCGAAAAACCUGGUCCGAAUUUGAUAAAAAUGUGGUUCAAAAUCUGGUAGAGAAUCUACCGUGAACUCAGGUAAUUCCGAUUAGCUCCUAAUUUCGAUCCCUCAACUAAAGUAGCCGAUUUCUAGAACGCCGAGGACCCGGGUUCGAAUCCCAACCCCGCAGAAGUCACGAAUGACCUAAGUUGUUAAAGUGACUAUAACCAAAAAAAAUGUGGCCUGCAAUUUAGUCCAGGUCCAAAAUACCGAUCUGGUCCAGAAGGUUAACAACCUGAUACAAAAUCUAGUUGGUAGUUGAAAACUGAUCGAAAAACUGUGGCCCGAAACAUGCUCCAGGUCCAAAGUCUGGUCCAUAAAAAUCCGAUCAAAAAUGUGGCCCAAAAUCUUGUUUAUAACGUGCUCCAGUUCUAGAAUCUGGUCCAAGAUUUGAACCCAAAUCUGAUCCGAAAAAUUUGGACCAAAAUAUGGUUCAGGACCAAAACCUGGUUUUGGUCCAGAGUGUGGUCCAACAUCUAGUCCGAAAUCUGAUCAAAAAUGUGGCCCCAGAAUCUGCUCCACAAUCUAGUCCAAAUUUGUUCCAAAAUUUAUUACAAAAUUUAGAACAAAAUCUGAUAAAAAAAUGUGGUUCAGAAUUUCAAAAUCUCAUCAAAAAUAAUAAACUCGGAAGGAACACUGAUUUAAGAAACGAGGGUCUGCCGAAUCGGGUCUUCGCUAAGGGCCACAAUGUCUGACGAUCAAGCUCUGACGAUUGGAAGGAGAUUUUCGGGAAACGUCUAGCAAAUCUUAGUUCUUAGUCUCGACGGAACCACUAGCUCUUGCUGAUUUUUCCGGUUUAUCCAGGGAUCCUGUUGUGGUCAUAAUUUUACAAAGACUUACGGAGUACUUAGUUCUAGCAGUCUCACGCUCACCUGCUGAUUGAUUGUCUUAGACCCUUUCUUAUCCAGGGCCAACCUCAACCACUGAGGGAGGGCAGUGAGCAAAUUCGGCUUCUCAUUUCCCAGGAUGCCGGGUCCAGUUGGGUCGAGCGUAUUCGAGAAUGCCUUAGAUACAUAGGUGGCUUUUAGUUUGGUUUGGUUUUUAUUAUAGAGCCUUUAAGCUGAAGGGUCAUUCAGGUCUUUAAAACGAAAUAUUAACAAUUAACAUAUUCAUGUAUUCUUAUCAAUGCCUGCCGAUUUCACAAAUUUUAAUAUUCUAGCCUCCAUAUCUUCAUAAAUCAUAGUAUUUCGCAGGUAGCAAAUUCUAAAUUACGGUUUCUUUUAAUCGUUUUGUAUUCUUGGCAUUCGGUAAAGUUAUGGUCCACCGAGAGCUUGUGAAGAGCACCCUAGCGUUACUGGGUGCUUCACCGACUUUUAAGUGACCUUUAAUCGGUCAGUCUGUUGUCGGCACUGCAGUGUUUCCGUUCCUCCUGAUUGGUACUGGGAAGGGUUUCACCGGUGGUAGCUCCACGUCAGUAAGAUUCGCAAAAGUUAUUUCAGUUCGGCUGGCUGUCGGCUAUACUUCAUCGAAAUUGGAUAGUGCUUUCUUCUCCUCCAGCAGCUUGGAUGAUUUGGCGACAAGUUUCUGGCAUGCCAACAGCUGGAAAGGAAGCUGUUCGGAUUCAGCACAUAGUGCUAACGCCGGACUGGUCCAAAAGGCUCCGGAAGUUAUUCGCAGGAUGUUGUUGUAAACUGGUUCUAUUAUUUUGCGGACACUAUUCUCGCUUCUGCUGACAAUACCCUAUCCAUGGAAAAUCACCGGAAGCUAUUCCAUUUUCGUUACAUCACAUCAAGAGUUGAUGAAUGUAGCCUUGCAAGGCGGCGCAAUCCAGGGCGGUUGACGAUCGAUAUGCGAGGUCGCUUACCUACAGGAUAAAAAUAAGUGGGCUCAGUGAGCUUCCCUAAGGGACACCUGAAGUAACGUUGAAUUCUGCUAAGUGCUUCAUGGUACCCUGAACGAAAGCUUUUUCUUCGGUGAGGAAUGAUUCUGAGGGAUAUUUAUUAACUAGAUUAAAAUUGUUCAAGAGGUCACACCGGCGAAACCAGUGGAUGUUUCAUGGACCAUCUUAGGCAGUUCUCCAAAUAGAUGAGAACGUACACUCGGCAAGGGAACAAUUGAAAAUUGGUGCAAUAUUGGUGCAACAGGUGCUUCCGCACUGUUCAUGAUGAAAAAUGGAGCCAAUCCAUCCACUCUAGCACCUUUUGUUUGUUCUAAAUACUCGUUUUGUAUCAUUUAUACUUCAAAUUAUUCGGUGUCCAUUUUGAUGACUUUUGGGCUCUUACGAAAGCACCGCUGCUGCUGUUGCAACAAUUGCAAUCCAGGGUGAUUCGAAAACUUUUGAAGUAGGACUACUUCUUUGAUUUCUAUAUUGGGAUGCACUUUAGAAAAACGAAAAGUGAACAUGUAACGAAAAGUGGUUAUAGUUUGCACGCUUAUAACUCAGUCUCCCCUCAAUAGAUUCUAGAAAUAUUGGUAUCAAUCGGCUGGAAAUUUUUCUAAGAAUCCAUCACAAUACAGUAGAUUAUAUGUUUCCCUCACAAACAUUUAAAUAAUUGAAAAGUGUUAACCAUUGUCUAUGUCGGAGCCGUGGCAGACUCCUCGGGAUGGAACGAAAUGAUUUCCUAGCCUUGUUGCGGCACAAGCAAACAUGUCUUAACAUUACCGAACAGGAAUGGUGCCGCUCAAGCUAGAAGCCGUCGAAAAAGAGUGUUCUGUUCAGGCACUUGUGGAUAACAAUUGCACUCUUCAUUCAAAUCCUUAAAAGGACGGGUUUGGUCCGCAAGGGGGGCUGUAUAUGUGUUCUGCUUGGGCGCCGGUGGAUAACAGUGAGAGAAAACCUUGUUCUAAAAAGAACGAUUUGGUCCGCGAGCCCGUUGCAACAACACUCUGCCAGUGGAGUGGACUGCAUUUCGAGGUCUUGUUGCUAUUAUUGUUGUUGGUAAUUCAUACUCGAGCGUGAACAUUCUCCCCCGGGCUGAGAAGCAUUCUCGGAACAAUACUCGAAAAGUUGAAUGAUGUCCUUGAUGGGAAGCACUGCUCAAUCCUUAUUGCUGGUCGCUUGUAAACAGUGUUACCCACCAUAACGUCGACUGUACGAACCAAUCCAUCUGAUCCUGCAUAGGUUUGCAUAAUCCUUCCCGAUUUACAGCUCAUUGGUGGCAAGCUUUGUUCUUCCAGAAGCACUAUCCAUUCUGACUGUAGAUUACUCUUACGUAUUUGGUCCUUGGUUCGCUGUUGCAAAGUUUGUAAGUAGUUAUUAUUCCAUUUCUUCCAAAAUUCGUUUCGUAAUCUUUGUAGGAAUUGCCAAUGACCGAGUCUAUUGACAGGAAUAUGCUGGUAACUUGGCUCGUCCAAUUAAAAUGUGCCCAAGUAUAAAUAUUUCGUGGCCAUCAGCAUCAGGUGAUGUAGCGUAAAGUGGUCGAGAGUUCAACACAACCUCUACCUAUGUCAAAACUGUCACAUAUUCCUCAAAAGUCAAAUGAGUGUCUUUCAAAGUGCGCUUUAGGUGGUAUUUAGCACUCUUUACGGCCGCCUCCCAAAGACCACCAAAAUUCGGUGCCUCAGGCUGAAUAAAAAAUCAAGCUCAAAAUCUCCUUUGGUUGACAAAGGGGUUUUUGGUUGUUUGGCCGGGGUUUUCGUAACAUAAAGAAAUUCAUCUGAUUGUAGACUCCAGGUGAGUCCCAGGGUUUCAAUUACUUCGCUGUUGGUUGGACAAUCUAGUCCUACUAAUUUCUCUCUACUUUUCUCAGGAACUUGGCUCAGCAAUUCUGAAUCAUUUGAACUUCACUUGUGGAUGAGAAAUCCUCCAAGCUGAAGCAAUUCUUGCAACUGACGCUGCGCUUCUACGGUUUCUUCGACACUCGCGGGUCCAGAAAGAAUGUCGUCAACGUAACAAUCUUCUAAAAUAAUUUUGGACGCAAGAGGGAAUCGGUCACCCUCGUCGUGGCAUAACUGGACCAAGCUUCUGGUGGCGAGAAAAGGGGCUGAAGCUGUCCCGCUCCAAAACUCGUUACCGUUGGUUGGAUUCCGUGCGCCAAAAAAUCCUUUGGAAUGGAGUCAGACAUGCAGCAACCAAUAUCUGCCGGUACAUUUUUGCUAUAUCAGCGGUAAACAUGACGACGUGAAAGCGAAAUCGGAAUAUAUCGCUCUGAACAACACCACCGACGUGAAGGACCUCAUUCAAAGAUUGGGCUUACCUGAAGCAUUCAAUAGGUAGAAUCCCUUUUGAAAGAGCAGACUUGAGAGCCGCUAUCUAACAUUGCUCGACAGGGAAUGGAUUGACCAUCUGGCACUCUCAAGGUUCACAACAGCGGCUAACGGCAUCGCGGUUUUUGCAGUAUGAAAAUGAUUACAGGGACAUGACGUUGCGCUUGUUGAAGGAAGUACAUUGGAACUUGCACUAGCUUCAGCGACUAUACUACAGAAUUCUUUCUCAUAAAGGGUUUCGGUCUCAGCGGGUUUUGCUUCGAGAUCUUCGUGAAGGAGGGUAUGGUGUCGUCUUUGACAUUUCGAACAAGUACGCUUGGAAGAACAAUCUUUGGCACAAAUUCUUAACUGCUUUACUUUGCUUUUGCGGUCUAAGACAUGUAUUUUAGCAAAAACAGGACACUCAAAAUGACGGUGCACGUCACCACAAAUCUUACAUUGACUUUCCAGAAUUAGAAGAUGUGACAGUAUGAACCUUUUGAUUUACAGGUUUCAUGGGCUUAGACUCUUUUGUCGUCACGGGAUGACGUGACUUUUGAAAACGCUCAAGAAUUUGACACUCACCGUUUAAAAACAGCAACGUAUCUUCGUACUUCGGAUAGAAUCAGAAUCAUUUCAACAAUAACAAAAACCUUAUUUUAUCUUUCAGUGGUUAAAAAAGUUUCUUUGGUAUCAAGAUUAACCAAGAAAUUCAAAAAAGAAACAAUAAAAUUGUGUGUUAGAGGUCCAUGCAAGUCUUACGUAGGCUUCUUCUACCGUACCCUUUGAGAUUCUUAAUAAAGCAGGCGUUUCACCAAAGGUUUGUCCUUCUUCUGCGCUGAAGAUUGAUGUCCAUUUUUUACUCAACGGAUGUGCGCGUGAUUAUUUCCAAUUUUUCACCUUUCUUCCGUUUUUGUUGUGAGUUCUAGCGCUUGGGAAGCAGCCGAAUCUCUACAAGGGUCACUUUCGAUCAUUUUGAAAGAUCCAGUGGUUCGAAAUGACCCGCUAGAAACUAUUCUUUAAGAAACAAGAAAGCAGUGGAUCUGAAGCUCCGUAAUGCUUCGGUUUAUUAUGCUGUUUAGGCAAAGUGUCCACCGGAACAGGACAUUGUGAAAUUUCUGUUACCGCACUUGGUUCGAAGUCCUCGUCAGUGAAUAUUCCAAUGAUGCAACUCAGGUGAAUCAAAUUUUUCGACUUGUUUUCCUUUUAUACUUCCUGAUCAGGGAUGGAAAAUCAGUGAUUUCUUAUCUCACACUAACGCAGCCAAUACUUGAAGGCAGCCCUGGAAAAUGACGAUCGCUUGAAUCGAUCAUUUUCCUUAUCAACGGCCAGGCCAACUGCACAGCAUGUACCGCAGAGAGAAUUCCAAAGAAUCAAAUGGAAUUAGAAAGGGGAAGGAAGAAAGCGUGGACCUCCCGUACCAAACGCUCAGGGAUGGAAAAUAAGUUAUUUUGAUCAAAUCUGUCAGUUAUCGCCACACGUAUAGAUCAUGAUCUGUACAGUUCAUGGCAAACAGUGAAUAUUCAGUUGUAAUCACCAGAUUUGGUUCUCUUACCAAUUCUCAGCUGUCGAUCACAUUGUUAGAUUUCACCUAGCUGCGAGAAAAAAGAUUUGUAUUGAGUAUCUGUAUCUGUUAUAUUUCUCCUCGCAAUCAAGUGAUGAACAUGAUCUGAUAUGAGGUUUGUCAUAAUCUGUACAGAUCGUAACAAGGUAUUUGUCCCUUACAAAUGGUGAUGUCAAUGCAUCUGAAACUGAUUAGAUAGAAGCGAUUUUUUCCAUUAUUAUUGGCCAUAACUGUUCGCGUUCAACUGUAUCAUAUGCUGCCCCAAAAUCUACGAAAAUAUGACGCGUGGGCACGUUGUAUCCAGUAUUUCUGGAAAAUUUGUCGGAGUAUGAAAAUUUGAUACGUAAUACACGGCCCCUGGAAAUAGACGACGUAACAAGAUCUGAGAGAGUACCUUAUAGGCGACGUUGAUCAGUGUAAUGCUGCCGUAAUUUCAGCAAUCCAGCUGAUCAUCCUUUAUGCAAAUGGAGCAAAUCCCACCUUCCAUCCGCUUCUUAGGAAUUUCUCUUCCCGGCCAAAUCUUGGAAAUCAUUCAAUGAAGUACCGUUAUUGCUAGUGGUUCCUUACCGUUUUUGUAGAGUUCGGCGGGAAGCUGGUUCUUUCCGGUGGCUCUUCAGCUGUCCGAUUUUUCGCCAGAGCUCUUCGAGAUCGGCAGUCGGGACGUUCCUUUUUUUGAUACUCCCAGCGUAACUUUCGUUCCUGGUUCCGCUUCCUUCUGCUACAUCGUCACUGAGAUGCUCAUCAACUUCUCACAAGGCACAGUUGAUCGAAAAGGACGUUAUUUGACUUGAUUGGUUAGAAAUAGAAGCUGUUACGAAAAUGCUUUCUUGUGGGGACGUCCAGUAGCGGAACGGAUCCUAAGUUCUACCAAGUAAUUCAGUUGGUUCAUUAAUAAUUGGAUGAACCAUCCGGGCUAGAAAAAGAUUCGUUUUUAUUUGUUUGGCAGGGCGCAUGGAAUUCAAAAUGAAAAAUGUUUACCACAAACAAUUUCCGGGCAAUCGUUUCCAUGGAAAUAUGGCAACAGUAUUGCUGAAGAGAUGGCUGGUUUGGAAAGCUCCACAGCUUGCUUUUGGUGUUGCUGCUGUAUCAAGGUAAAGCCUUACAAUGAUGGUACCUUUGUAUGGCUUUAAAAGCAAAUUUUGGUGCUUUUAAAAACCUGCAAUGAUAAAGAGGGAGCAGGAAAUAAUCUAAUCCACUAAAUUUAAUAAUCGAACAUUUUAUAUGACAAGCGACAAGGUAACGUGCUGAUAUUGAUAUUGCGCUUUCCCGUGCUGGUACUUUGACAAUCCACAGAUGACCCCACGGAAAAGCAAUAUCAAUAUCAGCAAUGUUGUUAGUUCGUAAAAUGGUCUAUUACGUGAAUCGAGCCUUCCAAUUCAUCCUCGUUGGUCGACGAAUUUUUGGGUUAAAAAAAGCGAGGGGAAUACUUUGGAUUUUGUCGUCGCUCAUCCGAUAGGUCAGGGAGAAUGUUGUAUUAUGCCAACUCGGCAUCCUAAACCACUUUAUCACGGAUAAUUGAAAUCUAGAAUUCACUUUUGUAUUGUUUUGUCGACUUAUGGGUGCGAAAACUACCGAUCUUUGAGUUAGUUCGAUUGAACUGUGAUCAUACUAACAAUUUUAGAUUGAGAGUUGGCAGAAAAUAGUAGAAAUUCAGGUGAUUUGUAUCUGUUAAAUUGGUAGAAAAGGAGGAUUCUAUGUAGUUUCAACAAAUUAUUUUUCAAAUGAUUCUAUUUAUUGGUUCUCAGUCAACGUAAAUUUCUGUUCUGUACAAUGUUUCUGAACAACGUCACUUUGAACACUCACAGCUAUUUCAAUUUGAGUUAGAUUCACGGUCUGUCUGUGGGUUCCAUCCUGACAGCAGGUUCUAAGUUACUUAAAAGGGGCGCAAACUGUGGAAAAAUAUCCUUUACAUUUGACUUCCGCUGUCUAUAUCUUCUGGGCGGACUCUAUUCUCAAUAUAUGUCUGUAUUUUUGUACCAACAAGCAAAAUAGAGUUUACCAGCGUAAAAACGUUUAAACAUAAACUAGCGAAAAAAAAGAUAAAGAAAAUCACAACAAAAGGGAAACGUAGGAUAAAUUAAACAGUAUCACUCUAAACAAACUGAUUGUAAAUAAUGCUAAAAAAAAGUGAAAUAUGAAAUAAAACAAAAUAUCUUAUUGUUUACGUUUAACCAGUAAGAAAUAAAAGCGAACAGAGUUGUAAAGGAAGUGAACUCAAAAGCGGAGCGGAGGAGAGCAAGCGAGAGAUAAAGAAAGAGUGAGUAAAGAAGACGCGAAAAAAAAACCGAAUGGCGAAACUGCUUCUGCGCUGAGCAGAGGCAGAAAGAAUAGGGCAAAUCAUUUACGGCAUAAUGAAACAAAAAGAAAAAUGUUUUUGGUGUAUUUUAAAACCCUUAAGAUUUAAGUGAAAUAAAUAAUAGCCAUUAAAUGAGAGAUGAAUAAGUCUUAAUCUGUGAUUACUAUUACAAUUAAAGAACAAAAAAAACGAUAAGGAUUUAUUUUGACGUUAUUUUUCUCUUUAAGAAGUUGAAAGCUGUUUUAUCAAUCAAUCAAUCAAUCAACAACAUCCAGUUCUGUUUUCUAUCUAUCCUUUUCUAUCAUAACGACGAACCGAACGCGAAGAAGGAGGAUAAAAACUGAAACAGAAAAAAAUUGCUCAUUUAGUUGCCCGACUCUACCUAAGGUGGGGCUCUCUUUGUCUCGGUUGGGAGUAUUUUAUUUUGCAGUGCAGAUACACAUCUCCUUCGCCGUAGAUUGCUUAACUUGUCUCACGUUAAGACGGUUCGAUUUAUCGGUCUAACUUUGACCGAUGGAUGAUCAUUAUAACUUAACAGGUUCAAGUUAGAUUGAGAAUUCGUAUCAGUCCUAUAACAAAAAGCCUUUAGGUUACGUUUAGAUCCCGAAUAAAAUUAAAAACAAAAAAAGCCUAGUAGGGAAAACAAAAAAAAACCGACAGAUGGCAAUGAAGAGAGAAAAAGAUUAUACAAAAAAGAAAACGCAACUAUUGUAGCAAAACAGAAAUCAACAGACAACAGCCAGAAAUCUCCGACGAAUAGUGAUAUAUAAACUGGAUGCACAUGCGACGAAAAGUGCGCAAAAAAGGAGGUGUUAAUUUUAGCAAUUGGAAUGAAACAAUGAAAAAUGCUAAAUAAAAAAAAACAAAAACAAACGUAAUAUAAAAGAACACGCAUGGAAAUAAUAUUCAAUUAACCAUCUAUGUAUAUGUAUGUAAGCAUAUAAAGGUUUUACUCAUAAUAAUUGAAAUACAAGCAAAAAUUGAA